GUAAAAAUAGAGUUGUGAUCGGAUUUAAGAAGGAUCGGGAGUAUCACGGUGAAGUACAGACUGCUAUCGUCUAGGAGAACAUCGAAGAGGCUCGACGGGCUUGGGGCCGACUUCCUUCUCCGCAAUGAAGUGCUCGGGCAGAAAAGAGCGCUCCUAUCUGGCGAAUGUCCACUGCGAGGUGGAGGAGAGGAAUGUGGAGAAAAGGGAGCGCUGUUAUUUUACCUGGCUGGACCUGGUGAUGGAAACAAGACCAGAGCAGAACACAACUUUAUCUGAAAAUAAGACCUUGUCGAAAGAGAGCUUCACUCAGAGGCGUGUGGAUCACCUUUUAGUGCAAAGGUCCCUGGACCAGAGGAUCCGAAUGGGCAGGCUGGGGCAGAGAAUGGAAGAGUAUCAUCUGCCGUACCGGAAUGUGCUCCCAGUGCCCAUGUUCGUGCCCAGGAACGUGUCAUCGCUCCGGGACUCGCAGCGCACGCCCACCCCCGAGGAGCUGGAGAGGGGGCGGUCAAGCGGCGUAUGUGCAGACAAGAAAGACGUCUCAGAGAUCACAAAAGACAUACCCAAAGUCGUGCAGCCAAGCCGGGUGGACUUCCGAGCGUCUUUUCUUAUCAGCCCUCCAAGAGAGUCCAUCGAGACACUGCAGAGACGCUAGGGGGCAGCAUGUUAAUUGCGUCCGGCACUGGGAUUGGAGAUAGGGUGGAAACAAAAAGGUCUAUAAAAAUGCAUAAAAUCUCGUUCUGUAUUCUAACCAGUACCCAGGCUUUAUUUUAUGGUUUCUGGUUUGAAAGUUUUUUUUGUGAAAUGUUAUAAGUGAAGCGGACAAUAUCGGCUAAUUUCUGCGAAUCUCACUUCACCAGUAAUGCGUGACACGUAAAUACAAAAACCGGACAACAACAAUAAUAAUAAUUUAGACUGUGAUACACAUUUCUGUAACACUUUAACAGAUUAAUUUUAUUUAAAAAAAAAAAAGAAUUAAAGCCUGAUUUCUGGUAAAUAUAUUUGGUGUCACAGUGGGGCCAUGUGCCCCCACACUCAGGAUUGGGGUUUAAAUCCUUCUUCAGUUUCCAUGCUCUGCUUGUGUCUCUGUGGGUUUCCCAAAUACACACUGGUAGUUUACUGGCA